AUGACAGCCUCGGCACUUAAAACGGCAGGAGUACCGCCAUCAUUAGCCAAACCGUCAAACGUUUCUGCCGCAUCCUCUGCCUCCAAACAUCUUAAUGGGAUCGGUAGUAAAGUCGGCCAGUUAUCCGGGAAAUUCGGUAAUCAUUUCGCAAACUCAGAACAGGCUCAGCAGCAAUCUCAACCUCCUCAUGCGUCAUCAAAACCAUCAAACAGCUUUCCCGCCAUGAACAAACUGGCAGCCACGCCGCCGAUAAGCAACCAGAAUUCUUUUGCCCCACCGCCAACUCGUCGGGUAACACCUUCCUCAGCCGCAUCAUCGUACUCACAACCGCCACCCCCUCCUGCUCCCCCGGCAAGAUCAAAACCACAUCAAGAGGAAGAAUUGGUUGAAGCUCUGUACGAUUAUGAGGGUACAAGUCAAGAAGACUUGUCUUUCAAAGAGCAUCAAAUCAUCAAAGUUACCGAACAUAGUUUCGUAAUGUCUCCUACUCCUCCUUGUCUCCUCCAAUGA